UUUCAGAGGAAGGUUACGAGACAUUAGAUAGGUAAAUCAUCUAUCUGCAGAAUAAAGUGUGUAGUUUAGUGAACAAUGUAGCGAAUACGUAACAGUAUUUAUGUAACGACCUAAAUGUCAUAAAAAGCCACUGAUAUUAUUGACUAGGAAAUGUUUAUACAUUCAUAACAUUCCUAGAUAAUAUAAUCAGAGGCUACUGACAGUUUAAGGACGGGUUUAGUGAUUAACACGACAUCAUAUAAAAAAAAAUAUUUUAUUGUAACAUUAUCAUCAAUUAUAUAAUUUGUAUGAGUUUCGCAAUAGAUGGGGAUCAAGAAGAAAUAUUUAUAAUCUUGUGUAUUGUCGUGCAUAAAGUAAUUAUGUGAUUUCUUGUUGAUUGAUUUAAUUAAAUUCAAUCAUUUUUUAAUUUUAUAUUAAAAAUCACGUACUAUUGUACCAACUGCAAUUGGUAUUUUAUCGCAACGCUUUUGCUGAUUUUACCAUUCACUGUCAGAUGGCACUAAAUGUACCAUUUUCAAAGCGCGCAUUAAUAUAAAGGACAUGAAAUUCCCAAAUCAUGCGACACUGAAUGCAUUGUGUGAGUGAUCUAUCCUAUAUCGUUCCCGGUUAUCAUAGUAUACAUAUAUUACUCACGAGGUUACGAAUGAGUGUUUCUUUUCCUCGUGUUCAGUAUGUGGUAACAGCGAUCUAUGGCGAAGUUAGAUUAAAUAAUGAUUUGAUUGUUUUCAAUCGUUAAAAUAUGAUUUGAGUGACAGUAAAUCAUAAAAAUGACAACUUCGCCAAGGCAUGUAAACGUGUUAAUUAACAGUAGCAUCGAUGACAGUGUCGAUAGCUGCAUUGACAACGAAGACGACCAAGAAAAGCUGUUGAAACCGAGAAAUAAUUUUGCGUCAUAUUCGAACGAGGAUAUCAAUGUUAGAUUUCGGAAUGUUUCCUAUAAUCGUGGCGGUACAUCCUCGCAAAGUAUUACAGAGACAGUUUCUAAUAACCCAAGGAGGUUUAAUACGGAAGAGAUAACUCCUGGAGCUACUAAUUUUUUAUCUACAAACUAUGAGAGUUUAGAUUAUGAUCCCUGUGAGAAUCACCUUCUUCAAGAUGAAGAACGAAAAAAAGGAUAUAAAUUUGUAGUUAGAAAAAAUUUUGCCAGAUGGUUUAUUUUCUUAUUGAUAGGUAUUUGCACAGCGCUUAUAGCAGGCUUUAUUGAUAUGUCUAUAGAAGAAUUAACAGGCUUGAAAUACGGUUUUCUCAAAACAUAUGUAGAUCAGUGUGUGGAAAACAACUGUUUAUGGCUACCAUAUCUGAUAUGGUUAGCCCUAAAUUUUGCUCCCGUUUUAAUAGGUGCUAUUUUAGUUGCUUAUGUGGAACCUGUUGCUGCUGGCAGUGGCAUUCCACAAGUGAAAUGUUAUUUAAAUGGAAUUAAAGUACCUAGAGUUGUACGCAUUAAAACAUUGGCAGUAAAAACAAUUGGAGUAAUUUGUACUGUAGUGGGGGGUCUAGCUGGUGGAAAAGAAGGGCCCAUGAUACAUGCUGGAGCUGUUGUAGCAGCAGGAAUAUCGCAGGGAAAAAGCACUACCUUUAGGAAAGACUUUAAAAUAUUUAAAUACUUUAGAGAGGAUCAUGAAAAACGAGACUUCGUAUCGGGAGGUGCAGCAUCUGGAGUAUCUGCUGCAUUUGGAGCGCCAAUUGGAGGAGUAUUAUUUAGUAUUGAAGAGGGAACUAGUUUCUUUAAUCAGAGUCUUACAUGGAGAACAUUUUUUGCUAGCAUGAUUACAACAUUUACUUUGAAUAUUAUCCUCAGCACGUAUCAUGGACGACCCGGUGACCUUUCUUAUCCGGGCUUGCUAAAUCUUGGAAAAUUUGAAACAAUACCGUAUCAGAUUUAUGAAAUUCCUCUGUUUAUGAUAAUGGGAACGAUAGGUGGAGUUUUAGGCUCUGCUUGGAAUCAUCUGAACUAUAAGAUUUCUUGUUUUCGCUUGAAAUACAUGAAAAAGAAAUGGUUGAAAGUCGUGGAAGCUCUUUCCGUAGCCGCAUUAAGCGCGACAAUGGGAUUCAUUAUGAUUUAUUUCAUAAAUGAUUGUAAACCGUUAGGAAAAGAUCCCACUAAAUUUCCCAUUAAGAUGUAUUGUAACGAAGGUGAAUACAACGCGGUUGCAGCUUUGUGGUUUCAAACACCAGAAAGUAGUGUACGAUCUUUGUUUCACGAUCCGAAAGGUUCUCAUAAUGAUCUAACUUUAGCAGUUUUUGUGGUCUUAUAUUUCUUUCUGGCUGUUGCUACAUUUGGUCUAUCUAUGUCCAGUGGACUUUUUAUACCAUCUCUUCUGAUUGGCUCGGCUUGGGGAAGAUUAAUUGGAUCAGGCCUUACAAGAGUUUUUCCGAAUUGCGUUGUUUUGGAUCCAGGAAAAUAUGCUUUAUUAGGUGCAGCUGCUCAAUUGGGAGGAGUAGUUAGAAUGACAAUAAGUUUAACUGCUAUACUAAUAGAAGCCACCCAAGGCAUAUCUUUCGGUUUACCAGUUAUAAUAGUUCUUAUUAUGGCUAAAUGGGUUGGAGAUUUUUUCAACGAGGGAAUUUAUGAUAUUCAUACACAGAUGGCCGGGAUUCCCAUAUUAGCAUGGGAAGCACCACCAUUAUCAAACAACAUAUAUGCCAGUGAAAUAAUGAGUCAUCCAGUAGUGACUCUGAAAACAGUAGAAAAUGUGGGGCAUAUACUGGAACUUCUUAAAUGUGUAACAUUCAAUGGAUUUCCUGUAGUUGAUCCCCCUAGUAGCGAUCAGACUGAAAUAGACUCUUAUGGACGAUUUCGUGGUCUGAUCUUGCGUUCUCAACUGAUAGUGUUAUUGCAAAAUAAAAUUUUUAACGAGUACGCAGAAUAUUGGGAAAAAAAUUUGAGUAUUAAAAUGUUUAGGAAAGAAUACCCUAGGUAUCCGACAAUUGAACAAGUGACCGUGCUCGAUGAAGAAAAAACUUACAUGAUUGAUUUAAGACCUUUCAUGAAUCCUUCUCCUUAUACAUUACAACAUUCUGCAACACUGCCACGAACGUUUAGACUUUUUAGAGCUUUAGGCCUUCGUCAUUUAACGGUGGUAAAUGAUACAAAUGAGGUGAUUGGGAUUAUUACUCGAAAAGAUGUAGCCAGAUUUAGAAUAUGGAAACAUACAGGAAGGAUGGGAUUAGAUGAACUUUUAAUUACUAAUAAAAUUUAAUUUUUACUUUUUUAUAUAUAAAUAUUCAACGAUAAUUCAUUUAACAUAUUGAUGAGAUAUUACAUAUGUACAUAUAUUAUAGCUGCAUACAAACAUACGCAGUCUUGAUAUUACAAAAAUUAAAAGAGAUUAAAGUAUUAGAAAGAAUACAAAGUGAAAUUAACCAAAGAAGUGGAAUGUA